UUUGUCUAAUCGUUGCCUGUGACGUUCCGGGGGAGGAGCGCGGAGGUAGAUACGGAAGCCGAGCGGGGCCUAGAGCCACAGUCGCUCCGGGAGCGGGGAACCGGAGGAAAGAUGGUUUACAUCUCGAAUGGACAAGUGUUGGAUAGCCGAAGUCAGUCCCCUUGGAGAUUAUCUUUCAUAACAGAUUUCUUCUGGGGAAUAGCCGAGUUUGUGGUUUUGUUUUUCAAAACUCUGCUUCAGCAAGAUGUGAAGAAAAGAGGCGGCUACGGAAGCUCAUCUGAUUCCAGAUACGAUGAUGGAAGAGGGCCACCUGGAAACCCUCCCCGAAGAAUGGGCAGAAUCAAUCAUCUGCGUGGCCCUAGCCCUCCUCCAAUGGCUGGUGGAUGAGGAAGGUAA